UGCUCUCAGAGCUCAGCUAAGUUUACGGAGUACGAGCGGUGCAGCUGUCCUGGACAUGUCUGAGUAGAGACUUGCAACAAUUUCCCUCACGACCGGCAUUUAAUCCCCAUGUUGAAGAUGGGGCAGUGUGGCAUGACCUCGUCGAAGACGGUCCUGGUCUUUCUGAACCUGAUUUUUUGGGCCGCUGCUGGUAUCCUGUGCUAUGUCGGAGCCUAUGUCUUCAUUACAUAUGAUGACUACGAUCACUUCUUUGAAGACGUGUACACGCUCAUCCCAGCAGUGGUCAUCAUUGGGGUCGGAGCCCUUCUGUUUAUCAUUGGGCUCAUUGGAUGCUGUGCCACAGUGAGGGAGAGCUACUGUGGACUUACAACGUUUGUCGUCAUUCUCCUGCUGGUGUUCAUGACGGAAGUGGCAGUGGUGAUUCUCGGAUACAUUUACAGAGCAAAGGUUGAAGAUGAAGUUAAUAGUUCAAUCAAAAAAGUUUAUGACGAAUACAACGGCACCAACAGCAAUGCCCAGAGCCGUGCCAUCGACUAUGUUCAGCGACAGCUUCAAUGUUGUGGGAUCCACAAUUACUCAGACUGGCAGUACACACACUGGUAUGAAGAAUCCAAAAACAACAGCGUGCCCAUCAGCUGUUGCAAAACUGGGAGCUGCACGGGGUCCCUUACUCAUCCUGAAGAUCUCUACCAAGAAGGCUGUGAGGCUCUGGUUGUGAAGAAGUUGAAGGAAAUCAUGAUGUACGUCAUCUGGACUGCGUUGACAUUUGCUGCCAUCCAGAUGCUGGGGAUGCUGUGCGCGUGCGUCGUGCUGUGCCGCCGGAGCAGAGAUCCUGCCUAUGAGCUUCUUAUCACGGGGGGCACCAGGGCAUAAAGGAGAAUGCUUUUCUCUCACAGUUAAAGACAAUUAGAGUUUUCUGUGUCAUAGGUGAAAAGCAUGAAAAUUAUCUAUUACAACACUAACUACUGUAACCAUAUAUACAUACAUAUAUAUAUAUAUAUGUAUGUAAAACCUGUUUUUCCAAAAAGCUUUUGGGCAAAUUCUCUAAAGGCCAGCGAGAAGGAGACUUGCUCUCAAGAUGACAUGAGUAUCAGACCUCAAACCUUUUUAAGCCAUGUAUUAAAUUUGGUCAUUUCCUCAUGUUAGUUUGCACAAUGUGUUUUUAAAUCUGUUAUGAUGUAUUUGAAUGACAGAGUGUAUCAUUUUAGCUCCACGGCUACUCCUACCACCACCCUAUUCUGACGACUACUACUACUACUACUGCUACUACUAUCAUCAUCACAUCUACACUAAUGGUUGUAACUUUAUCUUUCACCAGCAGUGUUCUGUCAAGAAAAACCACAGCCCAAGUAAAUUGCACAGCUUUUUUUUUUUGAGUGUAAGCCAUGUAACUUAUUUUGCUUAUCCUUCCUUUUCUGUGCCUGGGGUAUGAAGUAGUAACACAUUCUCAACUCUGACUACAUUUUCUCUCAUAGCGUUCCUUUUUUUCAUUUGGGCGCAGCAACAAUCUACUGAUGGUAGUUUUUAGAGUAUGGUUUGCUGAUAUGUAGCAGCAGCAAGACUCAAGAAUGUAUAUUCAAUUUAAAGGGUGAAAAAUUAAAUUAAAGGCGUUUUUCUGGGUUA